GUAAAUGAUUAAUAUUCUUGCUUCUGUCUAAUUUUCCAUUGACACUAAAUCCUUAUCAGAAACCAUACUACCAUUAACAAGUGAAGAGGAAGUCAGUCACCAAGUCUGUUUAAUGGAGGUCUAAUGAUCCACUUCUUAUCACGAGGAUAUUGACGUUGGAGAAAAGCUCCUAACUUCUUAGAUUCAUUUCCUGCCUGAAUGACCCGAGCACUUGUUCCUGUAAAAGAAUAUUCUCAUUUAAAAUCUAAAACUUUAAUCCACAAAAGAAAAUCUAUAAAAUCUAUUUUUUCGAAUCAGGGCUCGCUUAGAAUCUUCAAGAGCAGAUUGCACUGUCCCAUAAAAUAGAAAUGGAAUAUGAUCCUACGACGACAUUCAUCCCUUCCCUAAUCCCAGCCGCUGGUUUUCCAAACGUAAUAAGUCAAAUUUAUGAACACAAACAAUUGCAACCACCAUUCGAAUCGUCAAAGCAUUCACAACACAAAGGACAUUCGCUCGGUAGUGCACGAGCACUUGAAGAUGUAGAAGAGCUCAAUGAUUUUGAGCUACUGCUUGAGAUGGGUAUAGAUGAAGACAAGAGGGAAGUGGAAGCUGAAGGACUCGAAGUAAUAGCCGACGAAAGUGUUUGAGAAUUGGCAGAUGAUGUAGAACGACUAAUUGAAGUAUCUAGAGUCGGGGUUAUUUGUGUGGAAGAUCUUGGUUUACUUGUUCCUGAGAGUUUACUGGUGCUGGUUCUGGAAGAGGUACGUUUCAAUGUUGGGGUUGGGGUAACUUCGACGGAGCAAUCUUGUCGUUCAUCUAGUCCAUCACU